AUGGCUAGAGAAAAGGAAGUACUAAAUGUCAUUAACCUGAAUACGCCCAUAAUGCGGAAUUCGUGGACGGGAGCGGCAGGUGGGACUACAAAACACGAAAAACCUCUAGUCGAGGCAUUCAAUAGCAGCACCAAUCGGUUGCAUUUUGUAGAUCGGCUGCCCUUUGACGUAACAGAGGGCUUCCGCGAGGUGCAGCGGUUUGUGCAAGAGGGUAAGGGGGAGGCAGACAAGGUGCGCGAGGCGUUGACGGGGCUCUAUAGGGAGCUCAAGCAGCGACACCAGCUCGGGCGGGUGGCAGAGGUUUCUAGGCAGCACAUGGGCGUGGUGGUGCGGCUUUUAGAAGCGGGACAGGACGCGGCCGCAGCGCGGGAGGUGGUUGCCCUGUACAACCAGACGAACUACAGGCCGGCUGGAGGGCUAGGAGACGUAUUGAUGGCGGACUUUGGGGUGAGCAACGAACGGUAUCUCAGCACGGCCAAGAUCUUGGCGAUGCAACUGAUAAUUCGGAUGCGACAGGUGGAAAGCCACGCUGAAACGGUGGUUCGGAUCUUCGCGGCGGACGAGCGGUAUAUAUUACGCGAUCCGAAGCUGAAAGUACACACCGUCGUGAAGCUCAUAUUGAAUUUUUUCUCUUUGCUUCCGCAAUACAAGGUGCUUUUCGCACUCAAGUUCCUUCAGUACGUGUCCCAGUUCCGGUUGGACUUCUCGACAUACAUCAAGAACAUGGAUCUCGCGAAAUUCCAAAAACAGGUCCUAAAAUUUGCAGGCGCAGGCUUGGAAUCCAGUCUUCCUUUCCUUGACAUCUACUAUCGUUCCUAUUCACAGCAUAUGACAAGCAUUGGCAAACUUAUGUGGCAGGAUUUUCGUGUGCCUGACAGAGGAGACACCAAGCUCAAUCCAGAAGAUCCCAUUAUUCUACAGCAAAUAUUACACGGCCGGCGGACCCUCGACAAUGCAGAAUUCGAUGCAUACACAAAACAUAUUACUACAAAGCUUUCAAAAGGUGUCUCUCCCACAGACGCAUUUCUAGGCGCACUCAAGGUUUACAUUCUCAAUUGCAGUUUGAAACGUUUACGCUUGCAGAAAGCACACGUUAUACUUCUUGAUAAAAUUGCGAUAUUCAUCAAUACAAAUGUGGUCCAUGUGUCUGUCGAAUCGAUACAUACGAUACUGAAAAGUUUAGCUGAAUAUUUUAUUGAUGCCAAGGAAUAUAAGCGACUCAACAACGUCGUCAAUAUUUCAUUCAACGCAUAUGUGAUGUAUAAGCAUGAAAGCCUUAUACGACUUGCAGCAGAUCUCGAAUUAUUUCUCUUUAUGUCCGUCAAACAGGACUGGUCAAUGUUUACCAAGUUCGAGAAGUUUAUUUCUGUCGCUUCAGGAGACAUCUCAGUAUCGCUCUUUGAACAGUGUUUCAAUGUUUAUGUUAUGUUCGCGGAUCCCUCAUUGGCCGGCCUAUGGGAUGUCUGCUUGAACAAGUCGUUGAAGUGUUUCAAGAAAUUGGGACUAACUAGUUACACAGACUUUAAGGCAUCGUCCGAGCCAAUGCUAGUGUUGGUAUACAGUGGAUUUGUUUCUGAUAUUUUUACAAUACCUUAUAAUGGCUGGGCUCCGCUAUCGAAAAUGUUAUUCAUGGCAUUAAAUGGUGUCUAUAAAUUUGGCUAUAUGGAUGUGGACUGUAAAAUCAAAAGUGUUGAUGUUUUGGCCAAGUAUGAAAUGUUGAUCAAAUCUACUUAUAGUUUGAACAUGGAGAUGGAGACUCACGGUACAUUACAACUAUCCAAGAUAGCCAAUAUGUACGUGAGUCGAUGGGUUAGUUCGUUGCCCACGGAUGAACGCAUAUCAGGUCUAGAAGUUCGUUUUGUUAAGGCUUUGGUACAGUACUUGAGGUUCAACAAAUUUCACAAGAAACUUAUUGAGCUAUGCCAAUUGCUUAAAAGCAAAGGCGAAUAUUACGAAUCAUUUAAAAAUGAUAUAAGGGUGUGGCUAUUGGAAGCUUAUACUGCGUUAAAAAUGGUCCAGGCUACCAAAUUACAGAUCCAGAGUGUUUUAAAAAUUCACUCGUCGUUCAGUAUAGAGCGAGCGACAUUUGAUUCGUUAUAUGAAUAUCUUUAUGCAAGGUUGUUGAUCAUCUCAUGGGAAAGGGAUAAUGAUUCCUUUAACCAUUUAGUACAAGAACUUCGGGUCAGUCAAACUAAUUUUUUUGAUAUCAAUAAUAAUUCGAAUCUACCUGUCAGUCAAUUUCUGAAACUACUACUUCUAAACAUACGAAUUGAAAAACUUGCAUCUCUCCUACAAUUCCACAAUAAUAACAUGUUUGAAUCACUUUUAGAGGCCAAAAAAGCUUUAAAACUCUGCCAAUCUUUAAUAAAGAAACAACAAAAGCUAUCUCAAUUCCACAGACUAGAAGUUAUAUCGUUACUACAAGAUCUUUUUGCUCAAGUUAUCGGUAUUUAUAUCCAAGUCGGCGUAUCAAAAGAUUGCGAAUUUUAUGUGAAGGACUUUAUGCGGGUAGUAGGUGAGCUGCAAGAUUGGACACCGAUCUAUGACUGUUUGUGUUUUGUUUAUGAUUACUACAAACUUACGGAACAGAAUCAAUUGGCGUCUGCCACGCUAAGUCGCUUAAAUAGAACGUUUGACAUGCUUGAUGGGAGCGAAAAUAUCGACGCAUUGGCGAAAUUCAUGUACUAUAAUGAUGAGCCGGACAAACUACGAAAUUCUUUGGCAUUGUUCUUCAGCGGUGAUUUGGAAGAUACAUUCCUGGUUGACGAAUGGAAUUUAAGGUUGGGUAUAGUAAUAGAAAACACCAGGGAACAACCACAACUCAAAGCUCUGAGCGAUGUGAAUAAGAGUAACGAACUUUAUCUAAGGAUACUGAAACAAAUGGAAUUAGAUCCCUUUUUCAGCAAUAUGUGCGAGUCUGUAAUUGCGAUACCUUCUUGUUUCUCUCCAAAAGUGGAAGAAAUCAGACCUGCGGUAUCAAAUGUGUGGUCACCAGCGGGAUCUCCUUACCAUUCUCCAAGGCCGUCUUCUCUCACUCCCCGUGGGAAAUGUUUACGACAGAAGUUCGAUAGGUCUAAUGCUAUAAACAAUCUACAGAUGAUUAAACGGCUUAUUGAAUCUGUGAACCUCGACGAGAUGCAAAAUCAUGAGGUUUCGAAGACAUCGUGCCUCUACUCUCUAUCAUUAUCCUUUUUAUCCAAUAUAUCAUCGAAGACCGAUUUUCGACACGCUCUUAUUAAGCGUUUCACCAUGGCCGAGCUCCCGAAAUAUAUGCCGAUGUAUUAUGAUAAAAUGUUCUCGCGCAUGGGCAAUGAGGUAUAUGGCUCCUUUAUGCCAAUGGAAGUAAAAAGCAUGUGCACUCCCUUUUUUACAGUUCAACAGAAAGUAGAUGGAAUCCAAACAAACUUUAACUCCUGGGAUGAACCAUUCCAAGCGAUAUCUGUUGAUAUCUGCAAAUAUAACGGCGAUUUAUUGCUCUCAAAGGUUGUAUCCACAACGGGUAAACACUUUCAUCUUCGUUUACCGCUAAACAGACACGAAUCAAGAGACCUGUCCCAAGAAACAUUGACUUUUGCACUCCUGAUGGAAGAAUUGAAUGAUAUAAUAGAGAAAAAUAAUAGAACGACGUCUAUCGAGGUAACUAGUGUCAUAAAAACCAAGGAAGACCGUCGUGAGUGGUGGGAGGAAAGGUAUAGUCUAGAUAAAAGGAUGUGUGACUUGAUGCGCCGCAUUGAAGACUCUUGGAUAUGUGGAUUCUGCGGUUUCUUCAGCCAAAAACAGCUCGAUAAAAACCACUUUGCACUAUUCAAAUUAGGAUUUCAAAAGGUUUUACAACAAAAUCUUCCAACAAGAAGACAGUAUGGAAACCCGUCUAUGUUCUUACAGGUGGACGAUUUCAUAUUAGAGUUAUUUUUAAAGGUGGAUUGGGAUGCCCUUCCUCACGAAAAGAAGGUGGAAUUCAUGGAGGACUUGAUAUACUUCAUCUUUGACAUAUUGCUUUUCCAUGGCGAAGAAAAUGCCUAUGAUGAGAUUGACGUUCAUCUCAUACAUAUUCAACUUGAGGAACUAAUUCACGACUAUCAUGCCAAGGCACCAGAGGCGCCAAGGUUAGGACACACGUUUCUGGUAAUAAGCUCCGAAUGCAGUUUGGUUCCAUGGGAAUCUCUCAGUAUAUUUUCCGAUGCUUCUGUGAGCCGCGUACCAUCCAUAAAUUUCCUUCACGAGCUACUAACUAAAUUCAGAGGAGAGAUCUCUCCAAAGAUUAACCUAGACAGCAGACUUUCCAUUGUUUUAAACCCGCAUGGGGACUUGACCAGGACUGAACUGCGCUUUAAAGAACAUUUUACCAGACUUUGUUGCGACUUGGGUUCAACACGGAUAGUAACUGGCUCAAAGCCAGAAGAGGAUGAAUUCGUCAGAAUGAUCACGAACUCCAGCACGUUCAUCUACAUAGGUCACGGUGGGGGUGAGCAAUAUUUCAGAUCUAAGACAUUAAAGCUGCAAGACAACGCGGCGCCCAGCUUCUUGCUAGGAUGUUCUUCCGCAUAUAUGAAACAGUAUGGUAAAUUGGAACCUUCUAGCGUUCUCUACUCAUAUCUACUCGGCGGCUCGCCAAUGGUUAUUGGAAACUUGUGGGACGUUACAGACAAAGACAUCGAUGCCUUCACGGAAGCUAUGUUCCAGAAGCUGGGAAUUUUCCCCAGCCAGCGCGACCGAUUUCUGAAUGUCAGCGAGGCGGUAUCUUCUUCUCGCGAUGUCUGCCAUUUGAGAUACUUGAAUGGCGCUGCACCAGUGGUAUACGGCCUUCCAUUCCGUUAUAACACUACCGAACCUAUGCUACCUGGAAAAGGUUAUUAA